AUGGCCAAUUCUCGAAUGUCGAUGUAUUCGCUCGCGUCCGAGUCUCCGGGAGGUCCCCGCGGAGCCGGCCAACAGUCUUCUCAAGUGUCGACGACGACCCUACUAAAUGCCGUCCAUAACGGCUACCUUUCUUCUCAGCCAUACACUCUUGAUGCUGGUUCCAGUUUAGUCGUCAACACCUGGCUUACCGCCGCUCAGGCGGGGCUUGAUGGGAAGGUUGGAGGAACCGUUGACCGUAGUCUAGCUGCGCGGGCCUGGGAACAUGCGAGACGACGAGCAGAGGAUGGAUGCAUUAUCCUUGGAUCGCUACACACAUCCACCCCAUCGCUCCUCUCGCCCUUCCUCCAGUCUCUUCCGCUCUCUAUUCCCGCGACCCUUUUCACUGCCUUGGAGGCCAUCCAACCCUUCCUCCGAUGUGUCACACCCUUCAACCCGUCAACUCCGCGUCAAGCUGCGUUGGGAGUCAGCCUCACAUUAAACCUUGCGGGCACGCUCACCGCAGCUAGUGUUGCCCUCUCUCAGGGCGGUAUCGAUACCGCCAAGGGACUUCUCAACAUUCCAGCGGAGGCCGGAUACCGCGCCUUCGACGUGUUUUACUAUCUCCUCACCUCGGCUUCCACCCCCGCCGAACGAGAGUUCCUCGGCCUCAAGGCUGCCUCGAGCUAUACCCUCCUCUCCCGCUCCGGUACCUACACCCCGCCUUCGUAUCUCCCCACCGCGGACGAUGCAGCUGCUGCCGAUGACUUCCGCGCAGCGCUGAAGGAAAUUGGAAUUAAGGGAUCUGCUCACCGGAAUCUCAUCUCGACUCUCGCAGGUCUUCUCAAGCUCGGUAAUACCCUCGAUUAUGGUGUGGACUCUGACGAGCUGGAUGAGAUCAUUGAGGAUGUCAGUGGUCUCCUUGGCGUCGAACCAGAGGUUCUCGCUCGACAGUGUUCGACCGAAGACCGCGUCACUCUUGUCGGUGGCCUCUAUGAGUGUCUCGUCGAUUGGGUUAUUGCCAAGGCAAACGAGGCCAUUUCUUCCCAGAUGUCGGCUAUCCGCGAUGGUGCUGGGUCUGUUGACGGCCGUGGCCCUUCUCCCGCAGGUCCUAGUGAUGCUGGCGAUACGGUUUCCAUCACAGUCAUUGAAGUCCCCGACCCGACGCUCGGCAAGGCAAUCGCUAUGAGGGCCAUCUUCGACGAUAGCCAAGGCAUCAACCAGGAGAUGAUUCAAGAUGGCGUCGAAGUCUCCGGUGCGGGUUCAUCCGUUCUCCGGGAGAUGCAGAACGCCGUGGCGGAGGCCGCCCCUGAUCUGGGUAUUAUGACCGGUCCCGUGGGCCGAAGCCGCCAACACGAGCUCGAGAAGCGUGAGAUUAUCCUUGAGAAGGUGGCUCACGCUGCCGACGAUGAUGGUUUCCUUAAGAAGUUGCUCUUCCCCGUCCCCGGUGAGGGAAUUAAUCUAGGUCGAGCCGGCAGAAUCGACCUAGCCGCUCUCCUCAACGCUAGCCGAGCCUGGUUCCACCUCUGCAUCCACCCAACCGACGAUUCUCCGUCCAGCCUGGCAGCCUUGCCUUCCAUCACCUCGGCCUGGUCUGCCGGCACCGUCUCUCGCCAACUCCGCGCCUGGAGGUUACCCGAAUGGGCGAACCGCCGAAACCGACACCUCGAUUUCACUUCCGACUUCGACCUCGACGAAUUUGUCCAGCGAUACUCCGUUCUGGGCUGCAAGGAUGGCCGAGACGGUAUCGAAACCUGGAUCCUCGAGCGUGGCUGGAGCAACGGCGAGGUCGUUGUUGGAAAGGAGCGCGUGUGGAUGCGUGAAAACGCCUGGUGGGAGGCCGAGAGCAUGUUGGAUCUUAAGCCCAUGGGUGCCGGUAUGCCCAUGCCUAUGGCUAUGCCUGCGGCGGCGCCUACCCAGGGUUUUGAAUCUGCCUACUCAGCUGCGGGCAGCGGUUAUUUCCCUACUGGUUUGGAUGGUUCCUUGAACGGCAGUCGGGAUCACUUAGUCGGCCACAACCGGACCUUCAGUCAAGGUAACAUGAGCCAAGUCACGCUGAACCAGAACCGCGCCCCUUCCGUCGCCGCCACGCCGCUGAGGAACGUCAACAACGGCGACUACGGCCUAGGUAGCAAAGGUGACACGUACAAGGGUCAGGUCUACUACAAUAACGACGGCGAAUUCAUUGGCAACAUGGAUCCGGAGCUUGCUCACGGGAAGACGAUUGAGACCAAGCAACAAACGUUCGGUCGUCGCAUGUGGGUCGGCUUCGUCUGGGCUCUCACCUUCUGGAUUCCAUCGCCAGUCCUCCGCCAUGUUGGCCGCAUGAGACGCCCUGACGUCCGUAUGGCGUGGCGUGAAAAGGUCGUACUAGUGUUCCUCAUCUUCCUCAUCAAUGCAAUGGUCGUCUUCUGGAUUAUCGGUUUUGGUCUUGUUCUUUGCCCCAACAGAGACAAGGUUUGGAAUAGGAAUGAGGUUUCCCACCAUUUAGGAGCAGAUGAUUACUUCGUCAGCAUUCAUGGAAGGGUUUACGAUAUCUCCAAGUUCUGGAAGCAGCAACACAGCGACAUUCCAAUCAAGACCACCCAGGAGCGGAUGGAGCCGUUCGCCGGAAUGGACCUUACCGACUACUUUCCUAUCCCUCUAGCCAUUAGCUGCCGCGGUCUCGGUAUCGGCGAGAGACUGGAGCUCCUCGCCAACGAAACUCAAGAGCAUCCUGAGGCCGUGCACAAGUCGGGCAAACACACCGCCUACAUUACCUCGAAGCUGGCCGAAGAUGAUUGGUACACCGCUCAGUUUCUUCCCAAGAUCACCGAGUACUACAAGGGUGAUCUUGUGUGGCUUCCCCAGGAGGUCAAGGACGAUGGGCGCCAAAACCAGCACAUGUGGUUCACUUACGACGGCAAGAUCUACGAUAUGACCGACUACUUCCACACUUUAGAUGUAAUGGACGGCAACGAACUCUACUCGUUCCUUCACGAGGAUGUCACCGAUAUCGUGCAGCAGCACCCUGGCGAGGAUAUCACAGAGCUUUGGGACGAACUCACGGCCAAGGUCCGUAAUACCGAUGCUCAGACCCCCGUCUUCAACAGCAUGAACUGCAUCAAGAAUCACUUCUACCAGGGUAUCCCUGAUUUCCGAAUCACACCUAGGUGCGAGGUCAACAAGUACAUGUUGCUCGCCUUCACCAUCAUCAUCUGCGCUGUCAUCCUCGUCAAGUUCUUAGCCGCGCUGCAAUUCGGCUCCAAGAGGCGCCCCUCGCCCCAGGAGAAGUUUGUCAUUUGCCAGGUCCCCGCCUACACUGAGGGUGAAGACUCCCUGCGCAAGGCCAUCGACUCGCUCACAGCUCUCCAGUAUGACAACAAGAGGAAGCUCAUUUGCGUCAUUUGCGACGGUAUCAUUGUUGGUCAGGGCAACGACAGGCCCACGCCCAAGAUUGUCCUUGAUAUCCUCGGCGUCGACCCCAAGGUUGAUCCCCCAGCGCUCCCUUUCAAAUCGAUUGGUACCGGCUCCGAGCAGCUCAACUAUGGUAAAGUGUAUUCGGGUCUGUACGAGUUCGAGGGCAACGUCGUCCCCUAUAUCGUUGUCGUCAAGGUCGGCAAGGAGUCCGAGCAGUCCUCCGUCAAGCCCGGGAACCGUGGCAAGCGUGACUCGCAGAUUCUGCUGAUGAGCUUCCUUAACCGCGUCCACCACCGCUCGCCCAUGAACCCGCUCGAACUGGAAAUGUUCCAUCAGAUCAACAACGUCAUUGGUGUGGAUCCCGAGCUCUACGAGUACCUCCUCAUGGUCGACGCCGAUACCUCGGUCCGGGAAGAUUCGCUCAAUCGCCUAGUUGCGGCUUGUGCCAAUGAUGCCAAGAUUGCCGGUAUCUGCGGUGAGACGGGGCUGCAGAACGAUGAAAAGACAUGGUGGACCAUGAUCCAGGUUUACGAGUACUUUAUUUCUCACCACCUUACCAAGGCUUUCGAGUCUCUCUUCGGCAGUGUUACUUGCUUGCCAGGAUGUUUCUCCAUGUACCGUCUCCGAACCAUUGACAAAGGCAAGCCACUCAUCAUUUCGGAUGAUGUGAUCAGGGAUUACUCCGUCUGCGAUGUUGAUACGCUGCACAAGAAGAACCUGCUGUCUCUUGGUGAGGAUCGUUACCUGACGACGCUCAUGACCAAGUACUUUCCUUCCAUGUCGUACAAGUUCAUUCCCGAUGCCUACUGUGAGACUGCCGCACCCGAAUCAUGGAGUGUCCUUCUCUCGCAGCGUCGUCGCUGGAUCAAUUCCACGAUCCACAACCUCGUCGAGUUGCUCCGGCUCAAGGAAAUGUGUGGUUUCUGCUGCUUCUCCAUGAGAUUUGUCGUCUUCCUUGAUCUCUGCUCGACCAUUAUCCUUCCGGCUACCUGCGCCUACUUGGGAUGGCUCAUUUACAGCGUUGCCUCACACAAGAGCCAGUUCCCCCUCUUCUCGAUUGUCAUGUUGGCGGCUGUCUAUGGUCUUCAGGCUUUGAUCUUCAUCCUCAAGCGACAGUGGCAACACAUUGGUUGGAUGAUCAUUUACUGUCUCGCCUUCCCCAUCUACUCGUUCAUCCUUCCCAUCUACUCCUUCUGGAACCAGGACAACUUCUCGUGGGGUAACACGCGUAUCGUCGUGGGAGAAAAGGGUGACAAGAAGAUUGUGGCGGUCGACGAGACCAACUUCGAUCCCCGAAGCAUUCCCCUUCAGCGCUGGGACGACUACGCCCUCGCCAACAACCUCCCUGGCCGCCGUGGCGGUCCCGCCGAGCGCGAGUACUUCGGCGAGGACCAAUACGAGAUGGACGAGGUCAGGAGCGUCUACUCGUCCGUUCCUCAAGGCUCCCUCCGCGGCGGUAUGGCCGGUCGUCCUCCCUUCAUGCCUCCCUCGCCCACCAACCUAGGCGGCGCCGGUGUCCCCAUCCAGCGCCAGUCGAGCUUCCCCUAUGGUGACAACGCGCUCAACCGGCAGUCCAUGGCGUCGUUCGGCGGCGACAUCCAGCGCCGCCCCUCGCCCUACCAGGACGUCCGCGCCAGCGUCUCCAACCUCCGCGGCACCAGCAACCUCUCGCCCGCCCUCGGCGUCGGUAUGAACCGCUCCUCGACCGCACUCGGCUACUCAGGUGGCGCGGCGACUAGGGCGUCCUUCGCGGGUCCCGAUGCAGCUAUGCGCUCGACCACCUCGUUCGACUUCCAGCGCGGCCAUGUUGGGCCUGACGAUGCCAUGGUUAUCGAGGCUAUCCAGAGCGUCCUUAGGGAAGUUGACCUCGAUACCGUGACGAAGAAGCAGGUGCGGGCUCUUGUGGAGCAGAGGCUUCAGACUGAGCUCACUGGCGAGAGGAGGACGUUUAUGGAUAGGCAGAUUGACCAGGAGUUGGCUAACAUGUAA